AUGAAUCAUUCCCAAAUAACAACUAUUGAAGAUAUCGACACGAGUGGGAUUUUAGUAUGUUAUGAUGACGUUGUUGAUUUGGAGAAAGAUGGUGAUGAGUUUAUUGACAAUGAUCAUUGUGAAAUUAUGGAAAACGAAGAUGGUGAUGAGUUUAUUGACAAUGAUCUUUGUGAAAUUAUGGAAAACGAAGAUGAGGAUCAUAUGCAAGGUAAUGUACAUGAAAUUAUGGGAGAUGAUGACAGUAAAUUCAGCGAGACCAGCUUUUUAUGUAGAGUCUUUGGGACAUCAGAAGAAGCUUAUGCUUUUUAUAAUGAUUAUGCAAAAGGUAAGGGCUUCGAAAUACGUAAGCAAUUCUUUAACAAGAUUGCAAAAACACAACAAAUAUAUAGGUGGAGAUAUGUGUGUUCAAAAGAAGGCAUCAAAAGAGUAAAUGAUAACGCAAUUAAAAGACGAAGGGAUACAAGGACCAAUUGUUUGGCGAUGUUACAAAUAAAGUUGGUGGAUGGAGUAUGGAAAGUGGAGAAGUUCAAUGAUACACACAAUCAUCCAUUGAUUAACACUCCAGCAAAGGGGAAAAAGUUUCCUUCUCAAAAUGAACUACGACGCUCAAAUGUUACUAAAUCUCUUGUUUCUAUGCUUUAUGAGGAGGGUUUAACUUCUUCAAAAAUCUCAAAGGUUGUGAAUGCUAUGGACAAAGAUGUUAAUAUUACUCCAGUUCAAAUCACCACUAUUAUAUCAAGCCAGCGAAAGAAUAAUGUAGGGCGAGAAUGCCAAGGCAUUAUCAAACACUUUCAAAGGAAGUCUAUUCUUGAUGGAUCUUUUUAUUUUGAUAUGCAUUUGGCGGAAGAUGGAACAUUAAGAAGUGUAUUCUGGGCGGAUGGUAGGUCGAGAGCUGCAUAUGCUCAAUUUGGUGAUGUCCUUGUGUUUGAUGUGACUUACCAAACAAAUAAGUUCAAGUUUCCUUUUGCCCCUUUUGUUGGGGUUAAUCACCAUGGGCAAUCAAUUUUAUUUGCUGCCGCGUUGUUAGAAGAUGAAACGGAGGCAACAUAUACAUGGUUGUUUGAACAAUUUCGAGCAUGUAUGUUUGAAAAGUCUCCAGUUGCUAUCAUCACUGAUCAAGACAAAGCUAUGGGAAAAGCAAUUGCCAAGAUAUUUCCAGGAGCACGACAUCGUUUUUGUGCAUGGCACAUGAAAAAACAUAUUAUGGAACAUACUCAAGCACUACGCGCACAAUUUAAGGAGAGUUUUGAUACCGACUUUCAUGCAUGGUAUAAAAGUCGAGACAUUGAUGGGUUUGAAGGUAAGUGGGAAACGUUAAGGACUAAAUAUGAUAUUAAAGCUGGUACUUGGUUGGCUAACAUGUAUGUUUCACGUCAUCAUUGGGCAAAGGCAUAUUUGAAGGAUACUUUUUGGGCCGGAAUGACCACAAGUGGACGAAGCGAGAGCAUCAAUGCAUUUUUUGAUGGAUACGUCAACUCUAACACAAUGUUAAAUGACUUUGUUACCCAAUAUGACAAAGCAAUCAAGUGUAGGAGGGAUGCCGAAGAAGAUGAGGAUUUUAAGACUAGAAAUACAAAAGCUAUUUUGGAGACUUCCUUUCAAAUUGAAGCAAUAGCUGGUGAGCGCUACACAAGAAAAAUAUUUAAUAUCUUUAAAAAGGAGUGGAUGGCAGCCGUACUUGAUUUUGAGCAUGAAAAGAUUUCAAUGGACGAAAAUCAUAGCAGGUAUUGGGUGGGAUCUCCUGAAGUUGAUAAAGAGUGGUGGGCAAUUGUUGAAUAUCAUUUGACAGAAACCUUCACAGCUAAUUGUUCGUGUGCAAAAUUUGAGACUAUAGGAAUUUUGUGCAAACAUAUUCUAUACAUCAUGAAGAAGAAACAAAUAAAAAUCAUUCCUGAAAAAUAUAUUUUGUCUAGAUGGACAAUGAAUGCAAGCUAUACGGUUAAAAAUCUUAUAGCCGAUCAUGCUGAAACAACUAAUAAUGAAGUUAGUGCUUUAGCCUUGUGGUCAGUGCACUCCAAGUGCAAUAUGGCUAUUGCUGAAGCAAGAGAUUGUAUUUCUGAAAUUAGAAGGUUUGACGCUUUUGUUGCUGAUUUUAUUCAUCAACAAUUGGAAAGAAAGAAAAAGAGAAUUGAAGAUGAAGCAAUUCCCCAAAUUGUUCCUUCACUAACUCCUGGAAUUGUCUCGCAAGUUUCACUCAUCAAUGAUGUGCGUGAUCCCAUCCAUCCAAUCAAAACUAAAGGGCGUCCUAAGGUUGCUUCACGAAUAAAAUCUGGCAUUGAACUAUCUUCAAAACAACAAAAGACUUGCAGUUAUUGUGGAGGAAAGGGUCAUAAUAAGACCGGUUGUCAGAAGCACAAGAUGGAUGUUGCAAGAGAGAAGCAAAAGGAAUAA